CACUGGAAGAUAAUCUUCGCUCUCCCACCAUCACCAUCCUUAGACUAAGGUAUCACGAUCUUUUUUGUUACACUGUGAAUUUCUGGGGGGAGUCCUGAACGCGAGGCUCUCGCAAAUUCUGCAGAGCAGCCCCAAGCAUACAGCACUGAACCGACCGCUCUUUGGAAGACAUCGUCUCGUCUAUCGUAACGAGACUUCUCUCUUUGAAUGGCACCGCCGCUGACGGUCCGAAAUCUCACGGCAGCUACCAUCACUUUGAAGAGCUUGGAACGCUUCGAGGACCCUAACACGAAACAAUCCAAAGCUACAGCUUUUCCGUCAGCACUGAAGAAUGCUCAAGCGAUAGCACCGUCGGCGCCUGAAUUGGGCUUGCAUGUCCAGUCAUUCAAGCGCCAGGAUGUCGAUGUCGAGCUUGCACCAUUUGAGUCAUAUACGCUCCAAUUUCAAGCUCUUGAGCAGCCCGAUGCCAAACCAGCUUCAUCGCCAACGAGCACCACCCUAAGACUAACAUUAGAGGAUGAGGGAAAACAGCGCUUUCGCAUCGACACCAACCCCACAUACACACAAAAAGGCUCUCGCAUAUUAACGCCCCUGACACCCAAUCCCUCAACCAGCUACACUGCUCUAUAUCACCCGACGACACCCAUAGCCCACCUGACUAUUCACACACACCACCUCCCCAACUAUGCAAGAUGGAUGCAGAAUCUUCCUGAUAAUCUUCCCCUUUCUGCCAUCAGCAUCCCCGGAACGCACAACUCGCACACGCACUACCGAGCCUUACCAUCUGUCCGCUGCCAAGUCGUCGAAGUCAAAACGCAGCUUGAAAACGGCAUCCGGUUCCUUGACAUCCGAGUCCAGCCCGCCAGCGCAACAGACACCUCGAAACGCGACCUAUAUCUCGUGCACGGUGCAUUUCCCAUCAGUCUGACCGGCGCCAAGUACCUCGAUCCUGUACUCAAUGCAUGCUACGCCUUCCUUUCGGCAAAUCCCAGCGAAACAAUCCUCGUUUCGCUAAAGCGCGAAGGCGUGGGCAGCGCUACAGACGCCCAUCUUGCCGCCAUACUCGAGAAGCACUACUUCGCCCCCAACGCAUCCAAAUGGUAUGUGGACGAGGCGAUACCAUACCUGGGCGCAGCCCGCGGCAAGCUCGUCCUCGUGCGGCGCUACAAACUGACCACGUCCGCCUCACCCGGCCCAGACACCGACACCGACACCGACGAAGCCGCCCCCGGCCUCGGCCUCGACGCAACCGCCUGGCCAAACAACGCCACGCACGCCCUCCACGGCCCCUUCUGCAUCCAAGACUUCUGCGAGAUCAUGCACCCGUCUUUCAUCCCUCAUAAGCUGACGCACGCCAACGCGCACCUCGUCCGCGCCGCCUCGACCACGCAUUUCAUCCCCGGCGUGAACACCGAUGCGACGAAUCCCGUCCCGCCGGGUCCCUUGUAUCUGAACUUCCUGUCUGGCAGUAAUUUCUUCAACAGGGGCACGUGGCCGGAGAAGAUUGCGAGGGUGGUAAAUAGGGGCGUCGAGGAGUGGAUUUGCACGGGGCAUCAUCUUGCGACACCGGUUGGGGAUCCGCAGACGCCGGGGCAUGCGAGUGUUGAAGGGGUGGAGGGUGUGAGAGGCGUGGGCGAGGGGGACGGGGGUGCGGGGGUGGUGGUUAUGGAUAUGGUUGGAGACGGUGGGAAUUGGGAUUUGGUGCGAUUGGUUGUGGGGCUGAAUAUGGGCCUUCUAGAGACGGUGAGAUGUGCGAUGUGAGAUUGUGU